GUCAAACAGGGACCAAGGCCAAGACUUUCGAAUGAAUGAAUACUUUGCCGCUAGCAGAGUAGGCGCUCGCGGAGUUGGAAGACAAAUCACAAUCACAUGGUCAUUUCAUUGCUCUAUGUCAGCUUCGUCAUCAUCAUGACCUUUCGAAUUACAACAUGACCAGCCUCGAGAGCAAGUACAUCAAAAUCUCCAGUCCUGCUCCGCAUGUGUUAUUGUUAGAGUUAAACAGACCUCCAGUCAACGCAUUCAGUACAGAAUUUUUGAAGGAGUACGGAUGUACAUUCGACGCACUCUCAAGGCAUCCAGAUGACAUCCGCGCUGUCGUCCUUUCGUCCGCACUUUCCAAUAUAUUCUCUGCAGGGAUCGACUUCCAGGGACUCGUGAACCUAGGUGCCAACGACACCAUAGACCCCGCACGUCGCGCCCUUCUCAUCCGCGACGACGUCCUCGACAUCCAACACGCCGUAACAGCACCAGAGCGGUGCCCAAUUCCCGUCAUAGCAGCAGUGCAUGGGAUCGUGGUUGGUCUGGGGAUAGACAUCAUCUCCGCGUGCGACGUCCGAUAUGCAGCAUCAGAUGCGAAAUUCUCUAUCAAGGAAGUCGAUAUGGGGCUGGCGGCUGAUGCUGGGACGCUAGCCUAUUUACAGAAGAUUACGGGGAAUGUUUCAUUGGCUCGCGAGCUGGCGUAUACUUCACGGACGUUCUCGAGUGACGAAGCGGAGAAACUUGGCCUUGUUUCUAGGGUCGUUCAAGGGGGGAGGGAUGCAGUCGUGGCUGCAGCAUUGCAAUUGGCCAAGGAUAUCGCUUCGAAGAGUCCUGUUGCAGUGUCUGGGACAAAGCGCCUCCUCCUGCACGCCAGGGAUCAUAGCGUCGCUGAGAAUUUGGAGUACACGGCAACUUGGAAUUCAGCUGCGCUUCAGGCUAUGGACUUGAAGCAGUCGGUCAAAGCGGGAAUGGCCAAAUCAAAGGAGUCCCCGAAGUUCUUGCCGUUAAGGCCCAAGCUCUAGUUAUCCGAGUGCGCUAUGUUUCAGUCUCUACGCCUUUCCCGAUCUCUUCCGCUAAUGAUAAUUUGGAAUUUACAUUUGACAUGAUAUGAAAAAUACAAAUGAGUUUUUCGAGAUA